UUCCCUGAGACCAACCAUAUGUGCUUGAACCGAGUAAUAUCGGCGAGCAACGAGGCUGUACAUUGUGGAUAAAUAAACGGGAUAAUGGGGAAGAAACAGAAAAAGUCAGGGGAAGACAGUGCCAAAGACGACGGCAUCGACAUUGACGCCUUAGCAGCCGAGAUCGAGGGCGCCGGAGCAGCCAAAGAACAGGUCAAAGGAAAGAAGAAGAAGAGAGCAGGAAAAAAAGAUGACUUUGAUGAGGACGACAUCUUGAAAGAGUUGGAGGAACUCUCGAUAGAAACCGGAGGGGCAAAAGCAAAGGCUCCGCAGAAAGCCGACACCACAGAAGAAGCAGCGGCCGCGGAGCCGGCGGUGCCCACCAAAGCAGAAAAGAAGAAGACCCGGAAGGGGAAGCACGCCAGCCUCGAGGAUGAGGACAACGACGACAACGACCAAGAGGUAUCGGGUACGGGCGACCCGGAGAAAAAUGGAGACGGGCAGAGAGACAGAAAGCCUGGCCCGGCACCUGCCGCUCCUGCUGGCUCUGACUCUGAGGACGAGGGCUCUAGGACACGCAACAAGCCCAAGGCCGGCAAGAAGGGGGGCCGCAAGGCGGCCUCGGACGAGGAAGAGGGGGAAGACGACGAGGACGGUGGUGGUGCGAGGAAAGGGGGAGGUGGUGGUGGUGGUGGAGGCGGAGUCGGAGGAGAAGAGGAUUCCGAUGACGAUGACGACGACGCAUCCCAGUCCUCCAAAAAAGCCCAGAAGAAGAAAAAGGGAAAGGCUAAGGCUGACAGUGAGGAUGAGGAGGAGGAGGAAGGACCUUACAAAAUGAAGACCGCCGCCCAGAAGAAAGCAGAGAAGAAGGAACGGGACAGGAAGAAGAAGGAGGAGGAGAGGGCCAAACUGAAGAAGCUCAAGGAGAAAGAGAAGGAGGAGACCAAGGAGGACGGUACAGGAGGCCCCCCGCAGAAGGAGGCUGUGACGAAGACUGAGCCGGCCCCGGCAGCAGCCGAGGACGCCCCGACCGAGGACCAGGAGGAGGGGGCGGACGUCCAAGGGGAAGAGGAGGCCGAGGGAGACAAGAAAAAGAAGGACAAGAAGAAGAAGAAGGGAGAGAAGGAGAAGGAGGAGAAGAAGAAGGGCCCCAGCAAGGCCACGGUCAAGGCCAUGCAGGAGGCCUUGGCCCGCAUGAAGGAGGAGGAGGAGCGGGCCAAGAAGGAGGAGGAGGAGACCCUCCGACGCUUGGAGGAACAGGAGGCGCAGAGACUGGAGCAGGAACGCCUGGAGCAGGAGAGGAAGGAGAAGAAGAAGCUGAAGGAGAAGGAGAGGAAGGAGAGGCUGAAGAAGGAGGGCAAGCUCCUCACCAAGGCCCAGAAGGAUGCCAGGGCCAGGGCCGAAGCCACGCUCAAACUGCUGCAGGCACAGGGUGUGGAGGUGCCGUCCAGAGAGUCGGCGGCAGAGAGGAAGAAGAAGCCUGUGUACGGAGACAAGAGGAAAAAGAAGCCCGCCGCCCAGACCCCCGAAGAAACCUCAGAGGUAACAUCACCCACGCCCGAGACAGCCGCACCCAUUGCCAUGGAGACCGAGCCGGCGACAGUGGCGACGACACCCAAAGCAGAAGCAGUGAAAGAACCAAAGCCUGAAGCUGCUGUUGACGACUGGGAGGCCAUAGCCAGCGACGAAGAGAAAGAGCUGAAGAAGGUGCACAUAGAGGUGAAGGAGACCCCGGCACAGCCCAAAGCUGCCCCCCAGCCGGGGGCGGGGGAGAACGGGAGCGACGAGGAGGACGACGAGGAGGACGACGAGGAGGAAGAGGAGGAGGACGACGAAGAGGAAGAGAGCGAGGAGGAAGAGGAGAAGAAGAAGGAGGGCGAGCCAGCCGUGGCCCAGCCCCCGGCGGCCAGGAGGAAGGGGGGCAGGGAGAGCUCCGACUCGAGCAGCGGGAGCGACUCGGACGACGGCCGAACCAAAGAUGAGAGGCUGUAUGACAAGGCCAAGAGGCGGAUAGAGAAACGGCGUCAGGAGAACAUGAGGAACAUCAACCUGGACAAGCUGCGCUCGCCCGUGGUGUGUGUGCUGGGCCACGUCGACACGGGGAAGACCAAGAUCCUUGACAAGCUGCGCCACACGAAUGUCCAGGAUGGCGAGGCGGGGGGCAUCACCCAGCAGAUAGGGGCCACCAACGUCCCCCUGGAAACCAUCAUAGAGCAGACCAAGAUGGUGAAAAACCUGGACAAAGACACCAUCAAAAUACCGGGAAUGCUUAUCAUUGACACACCCGGCCACGAGUCUUUCAGUAACCUGAGGAACCGGGGCAGCUCUCUGUGUGACAUUGCCAUCCUGGUGGUGGACAUCAUGCAUGGCCUGGAGCCCCAGACCUUAGAGUCCAUCAACCUGCUCAAGGAGAAGAAAUGUCCCUUCAUCGUUGCACUCAACAAGAUCGACCGUCUAUAUGACUGGAAGAAGAGUCCAGACACAGACGUGGUGACCGCUCUGAAGAAGCAGAAGAAGAACACCAAGGAUGAGUUUGACGAGAGGGCCAAGGCCGUCAUUGUAGAGUUUGCGCAGCAGGGUCUCAACGCUGCUCUCUUCCACGAGAACAAGGACCCACGAACCUUCGUCUCUCUGGUACCCACCUCAGCCGUGUCCGGGGACGGCAUGGGCAACCUGAUUGGCCUGCUGGUGGAGCUCACCCAGACCAUGCUGGCCCGCCGCCUGGCACACUGCGACGAGCUCCGCGCCCAGGUCAUGGAGGUCAAAGCCCUGCCAGGGAUGGGAACCACCAUCGACGUGAUUCUUAUCAACGGGCACCUGAGAGAAGGGGAUACAAUCAUCGUCCCGGGGGUGGAGGGGCCCAUCGUCACCCAGAUCAGGGGUCUGCUGCUGCCCCCGCCCCUCAAAGAGCUCAGGGUCAAGAAUCAGUAUGAGAAGCACAAGGAGGUGAACACCGCGCAGGGGGUGAAGAUUCUUGGCAAGGACCUGGAGAAGACCCUUGCAGGGCUCCCCCUGCUGGUGGCUCACAAGGACGACGAGGUGCCCGUGCUCAGGGACGAGUUGGUGCGCGAGCUGAAACAGACGCUCAGCUCCAUAAAGCUGGAGGAGAAGGGGGUGUACGUCCAGGCGUCCACGCUGGGCUCCCUGGAGGCCCUGCUGGAGUUCCUACGCACCUCCAAAGUGCCUUACGCUGGCAUCAAUAUCGGCCCCGUCCAUAAGAAAGAUGUGAUGAAGGCCUCCGCUAUGCUGGAGCACGACCCACAGUACGCCACCAUCCUGGCUUUCGACGUCAAGGUGGAGAGGGACUCCCAGGAGAUGGCCGACGGGCUGGGCGUGCGCAUCUUCAGCGCCGAGAUCAUCUACCACUUGUUCGAUGCCUUCACCAAGUACCGGGAGGACUACAAGAAGCAGAAGCAGGAAGAGUUCAAACACAUAGCUGUGUUCCCCUGUAAGCUCCGCAUCCUCCCCCAGUUCAUCUUCAACUCCAGGGACCCCAUCGUCAUUGGAGUGACUGUGGAGGCGGGCGUCCUCCGACAGGGCACCCCUCUCUGUGUACCCACCAAAGGGUUUGUGGACAUUGGCAUCAUCACCAGUAUUGAGAUGAACCACAAGACGGUGGAUUCUGCCAAGAAGGGCCAGGAGAUCUGUGUGAAGAUCGAGCCCAUCCCCGGAGAGUCUCCCAAGAUGUACGGACGGCACUUUGAGGCCACCGACUUCAUCGUCAGCAAGAUCACGCGAGCGUCCAUCGAUGCCCUGAAGAACUGGUUCAGAGACGAGAUGACGAAGACCGACUGGCAGCUCAUCAUGGAGCUGAAGAAGACCUUCGAGAUCAUCUGAGGAGAACCCAAAACACCCCCCUUUCCAUCUUUUAAGACAGCCACGUGGUGUAAACAUCAAUAUAAACACAUACACAGACACACUCAUCUACACACUCUGAUCAUGUGACAUCUGAUCAAGAAAAGGCAUAGAUCACACUGAAUCCAUACACUCGGUUUAAGGGGAGAGAAAUGCGGGGUUGCACCUCCCCUUGCCUCUCCCUCACUCCUCCCCUGUUCGCCAGGAGGGAGAGGGGAGUGUAAUGAUUAGUGGUGACAAAUAAGAAGACGUGUUUUUCUGUGAGAAACGGAGCAAUUUCCACUGUUGUUAACAGUGACUGUCUAGACAGCAUUGACACACUAUUCCAACGUGCCUGUUCUUCCAAAUCAUCUUUUUUUUAAAUUUCAUUUUUCAUUAUUCUUCUCCCUCGAUCUACACCUUCUGGCUUCUGCUUGAGACUUCGCCCCCCCCCCCCCCCCCUUUU